AUGACAUGGUUAAAAGACUGCCUGUCCAAGCCUCAUUCUAUUUGUGACAAGCAGUUUGAAGACUUCAAAGAACAGCGGUGUCUGCCCGUGUACCAACUGACGGACCAGCUACAUCCUGCCACCCGAGCUGCGCGCCAUGCCUCGGCCCCGUUUGCUGGGCUGGCACCCUACCGGCCGCCAGCAGUUCUGCGCCCGCUUACCGACGGAGGGACCGAAGCCGUAGACGAUGGCAGCCAGCCGGACAGUCGGGAGCUGGAGGUCAACAUGCGCAAUCUGGACUAUAAACUCGUGUUCAUUUCACUCUGCAUUUUACACCUCUUCACGCUCUGUGAAGCGCGCCCCCUAAGAAAAAGGACGGUGAGUGAGGUGCAACUCAUGCACAACCUUGGGGAGCUGAAGCAGGUGCAGGAGCGUCAGGUGUGGCUACAGAUGAAGCUCCGGGGAAUCCACACCGCCCCGGCGUGGGGCAGCAGUGGGGAGGCCGGCAUGACACCGGAGGAGAUCCAGUAGCCUAUACGCUUUGAACUUAUUGGAAAGCUCCUCUUCCUCCGCAGCGCUGUGGAGGUCUGGCAAUGCAAGACUAGAAAGCUCGUGAAGUCAAAGCACUUAUUUUGGUUGAUUUUAUUUGACUUUCGACAGUCGCAGCAAC